AUGGGAAUUCCGCUGCUGCAUGCACUCCGUCCAUCCCCAACAUUCCUUCCUGCUUUCUUGCCUCUUCUUGGCCAUUCUUGCUUUUUCGGAGUUCAUGGACCCCAGCCAAACGCCUAUCCAUGCAAGUAUCCUUUCCUCUCGUUCGCGGUGCCCGGCAAGCCGUCACAUCAGAACAGUCCCCCACCACGGCACUUGAGCAGAUGCCCUGUGCGAUCGCCCUGUUGGAUUGACCGACAGGAAGGGGCAAGACUCAGUCUCACAUCUCAAACCCACGGUGAUCUGCAGAGGAGCAUUAUGGAUCAUCACUACAGUUUCUACGGUGUACGAUGUAGAUUGCUCCAUGCUGGGGGCUUACAGGAAGAACCAAAAAGCAGUCCUCCCUUCCUGUCACUCUUCUUGAAAUCUCCAGUCGCAAAAACAAAAAAGCGCCAACCCGCAUCGCAUCGGCAGUAUCCAACAUUCUCGUGGGGUCUUGGUACAGCAGAAAACUUGAUAUCCAAGACUUUGCGCCAACUCGAUGGGCAAUGGGGCAAAUUCAUGCACUCCGAUGAAACGCCAUCGCUGGCGAUCAGAAUCAAGCUUAACCGCCACCCGGUGUGA